AAACAAAACAAACAGAAGAGCAUCACAUUCACAAGAGUAAGUCUGCUAAAGAGUAGUUCGAAGGAAAGAAAUCUGCGUUGAAACGUUCAUUUUCAGUGUGAAAGUUAUGUAACAGAGAAAACAAUGAGCAAUUGAAAAUUCAGAACGUUGCAGAGAAUUUAUGAUGGAUGGUUUCUUUCGAUAUUAUGGAGCUAGAAUCACUAAACGCAGAUCUUAACAUCGACGGAAAACCCUACGAAGUGUGCUUAAAUUCCAGAGUGCUAACGUGGGAUGGACUGGAGUCCCGACAUACGGACGAAGAAAGAACAUUAUCGUUGGAUUGGCCAGAACAGGCUUUAUUUUCUGUUGAAAAUCAUGGCUUUGAAGGUUCCCAUGGCCGACCUGUCAACCGAGUAAGGAUUACUGAAAUAAUAGCUGUUAAUAUUGGAACCAAACCUACAGACAAAUCUUCUCAAGGCUCAUCAAGUAGCUCAGAAUUUACAGUUCAUGUUGUAAGACGAAACAAAGGAAACAAGUGGAGGCUAUAUGCUGAAACAUUUGUGUGUCCGGACACAGCAGCAGCUCAAAAGUGGGUGAAACAAAUCCAAAACCAUAUUGACCAAGGACCUGUAAGACCACAUCGGAUUUUGGUUAUUGUAAAUCCUUAUGGUGGAAAAGGGAAAGCCCCUAAAAUCUACCAGAAGAAGGUAGCACACAUCUUCGAACUUGCAGGUAUUAGCACGGAAGUUAUAGAAACUGAGAGAGCAAACCAUGCAUGGCAACUUAUGCUAGAUAAGAACUUAGAUGGCUUUGAUGGAAUUGUUUGUGUUGGGGGAGAUGGCACAUUUGCAGAAGUUGUUAAUGGGUUGCUACUACGGACACAACAGGAUGCUGGCAUUGAUUAUAAUGAUCAGAGGUCAAAGUUAAUUCCACCAAAGUUGAAGAUAGGAAUUAUUCCUGCAGGCUCAACCGAUGUGGUAGUGUAUGACACUACAGGGUACAAUGACCCUGUAACAUCUGCUCUUCAAAUUGUACUAGGAGAGAAUCUUGGGAUGGAUGUUUGUUCUGUCUUCCACGAUGAUAAAUUAAUGCGUUACACUGUCUCAUUUCUUGGUUACGGAUUCUUUGGGGACGUUGUGCGUGAGAGUGAGAACUACCGUUGGUUUGGCCCGAAGAGAUAUGAACUAGCAGGAGCAAUGCAAUUUGUGGGGAACAAGUCAUACCAUGGUGAGGUGCGGUACGUACCGAGUGUUGAUGAAGGUCAUUCACCUAUGGAUCAGAAGCCCUGCGGAGCACGAUGCAAUAUUUGCUCACAGAAAAAAACCUCAAUAGAUGUCAACAAUGAACAGGCAGAGGAGGAAGUAGAAGAGAAAGCAAUAGCUUUGGAUCAGCCUGAUCAUGAUAAUUGGAAGAGUAUUAAAGGUGAAUUUAUGUAUGUAAAUGCAGCACUUGUGAGUGGUAUGUGUGACAAAUCUCCCACUGGGGUCUCACCUGCAGCGCACCUUGGCAACGGCUGUGUGGAUUUGAUCAUAGUUCGCAAGUGCUCACGUAUCAACUACCUCAGACAUCUGAUGAGAUUGAGCUCAUCAGCAAACCAUUUUGAUUUCAAUUUUGUUGAAGUUAAACGAGUGAAGAAGUUUAAAUUCCGACCGCUGACACCCAACGAGUCCUCACCAAACCCGAUGUACAAUUCCACAUUGGAUAACCUGGACCUUGAAAGCAAUUUCUUCAAGAGAUCCUCCGCCAAAUACCGACUUCCCCGGUCCUCAAGCACGACAAGCUCAAGUUCGUGGAAUAUAGAUGGAGAAAUUGGUAGACUGCCAGCAAUAGAUGUCAAUGUGCAUUGUCAACUUAUCAAUGUGUUUGCCAGAGGAAUUGAGCAAUUUGAUGAUACCACAUCCUGUAACUUCUGCUGCAAAGCCAAUAAAAACCAUCGAUGCUAAUAUAGAUUGCAGUAUAUAGUUAAUUCACCUUGAAAUAAACUAAUUAUGUCUGUGUAGUGAUAAAUUUUCUUGUCUGUAUAUUUUAUUUAAUCAUAUUUUUACCUAAAUCUUUACUUACACACUAUAAAGUGAGAUAAAUGCUGAAGUUUCAUCUAAUGUUAAUUAUUUCAUAUGCAUUGUUAUUAUUUUGUUUGCUACAACUAUUUUUGAGACAAAUUAUAGGAUUAUAAGUACCAGAAAGAGAUAUAAAGUUUGAAAAUUUAUUUUUUAGCUAAUUUGAAUGCCAUCAUACAUUUAAUUCCAAAAACAAACAGUAUUUUGUCUACGAGCACAAGUCAAUGCUAAAAAUGCAAAUAUGAUUACUGUUCCAUAAUAUUGUGAUUUAAAAGGACAAUUUUUACCAUGUAAUAAAUGCUAAAUUUUUCACAAAGGGACCUCUGGACUGAACUGACUAAAAGCCGUAGGCUACUCUUUUGUUCAAACUUACCUCUCAGAAUUGCCAGGGCCCCUGUUGGCAAAUUUCCAGCGCCAUCAUUGUUUAGACCCUGUAGCACAAGUAUCUUUUUGUUAUAUAUUCUGGCAAGCUAUUUUUUACUAGUUUUAGAAGUACUAUACUGGAAAAUUAUUCUUUCAAAUUAAAUACCUCUAGAAGAACGAAAAUAAUGCAACCUCACAAAUAAGAAUAAAAAAAUAAUUAAAUGAUUUUUUUAGUAAAGUAUAUUUAUUAAAUGCAAUCCUAAAAAUCAUAGGAUCUCUACAAUAUUUUCCAAUGCAAAGAAAAAAUAAGCUAUACAGAUUAGAUCUAAUAUUAGUGCAAUAAGCUAUCUUUUGUGUUCAGAUAUCAAUGCAUAUAGCUAGAGAUAAUUCCACUAUUGGCUUUAUUACAAAAACAUAUGUAUAUAGAAUAUAUAUUAUAUUUGAUUAAGAAAUGAUUAAGAAAAUGGCAUAGUUUUUGCUUCCCACGGUUUCUUAAGGAUAUGGUUUAAAUCUAGAAUGAGGUCAUUAAAAGGGAGUCUUCCCGAUUGGUUGAUUUGGAAAGGGCUAAUUGGUUUAUAUUUAAACAAUUUUUUAUCAAACUUUUAGAUUUGUUUUCCUUUUCGCAACAGAUGUUUGUAUCUUUGAUUCCACCAUAAGUGAUUGUAACUUAAUGAGUGAGAGUAGGAAGUAAGAAUCACUUUUGUAUUAGGAACUAAAGCCUUUUCAAGACUAUUAAAUUUUAUGUUAUUUUUAUGAUGUGGCUAUAUAUGGUCAUGAUGUGGCUAUAUAUGGUCAUGAUGUGCCUAUAUAUGGUCAUGAUGUGCCUAUAUAUGGUCAUGAUGUGAUGUCAUUAUGACCAUAUUUAGACAUGUCUUUGUGCCUGUACAGGGCUUCAUGGGUCUUAAGUGCCAUGUUGAAGUCUAUUUCGUGAAUACUUACCUGGAUAACCGACUAAUUGCCAUUGUUCCCAAAACGGAACACCCCUUCGAAAAAAAUGGAACAGUCUGACCCAAUGCGCCGCAUGCGAACCGUCUCCCUAACCAAUGUCCUCAUUCUUUUGAAAUAGAAAAUGUAGACUUAGAUUUGUACAAAAAUUUUGAGCUUGAAUUUUAAAUCGCCUUUAUCAUGUGAUAACUUAAUUGAAGAAUUUUAUAGAAAGAAUUUGGUAAAAUAUUAAUUAAGCUAUUGAAUUGUGAUCGAUUUAAGAGAAAAGAAUUUUGUAUAUGUUGUACAAAUGAAUAAUUUAAGACUGUGAAGGGGUAUUUAAUUAAAUAAUCAGGAAUGGCUAAGAUACAGAUCUUUGAAUAUUAAAAUAUCGGGAGAAAAGUGCUAGCAAUAGUUUUUUCUGUGGAUUUGAAUGCUAAUGCACCGAGUCCCAGCAUCUUGCCAUGUUUAAUACCUGAUUCAUGCGUGUGCAAGAAAAAAUUUAGCAUGCGUUCCCUGCCACAUUGUAUCCAUAAUGAUGCACAUCCAUAAAGAAUAUGCCAAUUCGUAGUUUGCACUGCACAUGCUUGUGUCAAGGUCAAUUGACAUAAACAAACAUGCACACAACAUAGGUUUAUGUUGGUCGACUUUUGAUAGGGAAAUGCACAUUUCAAACCAUGAAUUGGCUUAUUAACAUGCGUCCCUUGUAAAAUAUGUGUAUGUAAAAGACAUUGCAGAGCCCUAUAACACCCUCAAGGUAUUUAGUAUGGAUCUGUGUACAUGGUAACAGGGCUUGACUUAAUUUUGACUGUAGAGUUGUUUGUAUCAUCACUGGCUGCAUAUCAAUUUUAUUGACAACGGUUAUUUGGUAGAAUUACAUCACUAAAGCCUUGUAAUUUUAGCACACGUACGGUGUAAAAUUUUAUUUCAUGUUUAUUUACAUGUUGGUAAAUUGUACAUGCUUUAAAAAAUGUUUCUACAUUUUUAAAAGGUUAACAUUGAUAGCUCAUUUUGUGGUUUUUGUAUUUAUGCACUUCAUAUAUUACUGUAUAUUGUGAAUGUUUGGGAGUGUUUUUUAACCAUUAGGUGAUGAUGAUUACUCAUCAAUUAUCUGAUAUGGUUUGGUCACACAUUUGAUAACUGCAAGAAACUGUUGUAUGUCCAUAUAUAGUCAUGAUGUGCCUAUAACUGGUCAUGUGAUGUCAUAUUUAGGCAUGUUUGAAUUUUCAUCAACCCACCUUCAUUCACAUUAUACAUUCCAAAUUUUUAGAAUUGUUAUUGAAAUGUUUUGGUGAUGUGUCUCUAAAUAAAGAUUUCUUUCUAAAGAUUAAAUUAGUUGAAUAUAUGAUAUGAUAUAUUGAUUAAAGAGAGAGUAUAAUAUUAUAUCAGUUUGUAUUAAGCUUUAAAAAUUGGGCCUUCACCAUUAUAUAGAAUAUGGGUGGUGCUAUAUUCAUUAUCACAUAACUUAAUAAUUUUUAUGAAGCCUUGUUUCAAACAAAUCAUGCACAAAGAAAAAUCUAUCUUUAAAGUUUAUAGUAUAUGUUAAACCGUGUGGUAUAGCAGGAAGGCUUGGGCUUCCAACAGAAAUGUCGGAAGUUUGAGGCUGACCUAAAUUUUGUUUCUGUCUGGACUUGCUAACCGAUAGCGCUUGCUAACCGUUAGCGUAUCCGGAUACCAUUAACGGUUAGCGCUAACCGAGCAGGCGUUCUCACGCAGGUGCUAACGGUUAGCUCCCGAUCCGGAUACUUGCUCUCGUGAGAACCAGGCUCAAGUUAUAAAUAUAUAUUUGAAUGUGUAAGAUUGAUUACAGUAAGAUUAUUUUUGUAAAUGUAUUUAGUAUUUUUGGGGUUAUCAAUGCAUAUUAAUAGUAGUGUGUGUAUGUUAUGUGUGAAUUUUCUUCAAAACUUGGUUUAUGUUACUAUUAUGUAGUAAUUUUUUCAGAUGAACAAUAUUUGUUGUGAAUAUUAAAGUUUAUGAUCACCAA